CGUCAUCCUCAAGUUGCCGUGCUCCUCGUUACUCCUUCGUCCUUACUCUCUACCAUGACCCCGGCAACGUCGUUCGUGGGUGCUAUCGAUCAGGGCACCACCAGUUCGCGAUUCAUCGCGUUCGACCACAGCGGCAAUAUCGCGGCGACGUACCAGUUGGAGCACAAGCAAAUUUACCAGCAGCCAGGCUGGUGCGAGCACGAUGCCGAUGAGAUCACACGUAACGUCGAGGUGUGUGUGCGCGAAGCGCUGGUUAAGGGCGGCAUCGAUCUCUCGCAGCUGCAGGCCGUAGGCAUCACCAACCAGCGCGAGACGGCGCUCAUCUGGGACCGUGUCACUGGCAAGCCGCUCUACAAUGCCAUUGUCUGGCACGAUACGCGCACUACGGAGAUCGUGCACCGGCUUAAGAACGGCGAGGGUGAGGGCUUCAUGGGCACGGGUGCAGACCGAUUUCGCGCCAUCACGGGCUUGCCAAUUGCCACCUACUUCUCGGCCGUGAAGAUUAUGUGGAUGCUCGAGAAUGUUCCAGGCUUACGCGCCAAGGCUGAGGGUGGCGAUGCCAUUUUCGGCAACAUGGACACGUGGCUCAUCUGGAAGCUUAGCGGUGGGGUGGAAGGAGGCGUGCAUGUGACGGACGUGACCAACGCGUCCCGAACGAACCUCAUGCGCCUGGAUACGCUUCAGUGGGACGACGCCAUUCUAAAGUGCCUCAACAUCCCCAAGUCCAUGCUGCCGGCUAUUCGAUCCAGCUCGGAGGUUUAUGCAUCUGGUCACAAGGACAGCGUGGUCCCCGGCAUCCCCAUUUCAGGAGACUUGGGUGACCAGCAGGCGGCCCUCUUCGGCCAGACGUGUUUCUCUCCCGGCGAGGCCAAGAACACGUACGGCACGGGCUGUUUCUUUAUGAUGAACACGGGUACCAAAUCACACACCCCUACUAAGGGCCUCCUAACCACCAUGGGCUACAAGAUCGGCGACCAACCCGCGGUGUACGCGCUUGAAGGAUCCAUUUCGUACGCUGGCUCGCUAGUUCAGUGGCUGCGUGACAACCUUAAAAUGAUCAGCAGCGCACCCGAGGUCGAGGAGUACGCCAAGCAGGUGAAGGAUAACGGUGGCGUAUACCUCGUGCCAGCGUUCUCCGGUUUGUUUGCGCCCCGCUGGCGUGAUGACGCUCGUGGUGUCAUGGUCGGUCUAACCUCGUACGCCACCCGCGAGCACAUUUGCCGGGCUGCACUGGAGGCCACGGCGUUCCAGACGCAAGAGGUUGUGGCAGCCAUGGAGGGAGACAGUGGCGUGCACCUGACUAAGCUCAAGGUGGACGGUGGCAUGGUGGUGGACCAAACACUUAUGCAGUUCCAAUCUGAUGUGUUGAACGUUCCUGUUGUGCGCCCUGUGGUGGCUGAGACGACUGCCCUGGGGGCUGCGUACGCCGCUGGUCUUGCUGUGGGCUUCUGGAAGACAGUGGAGGAACUACGCGAGAAUUGGCAGGUGAGUGCCACGUGGGAGCCGGAUAUGGAGCCAGAAAAGCGUGGCCAUUUCAUCCACCAGUGGAACAAGGCUGUUGAGCGUACACUCAACUGGGAAGAGCAGGAAUAAAUCGCUUCAGAUACCCAAAGCAGUAGAUUAUAAUGCGAUUAGUGCUGAGGUUUUGCAGCAAGACUUGAAUGUGACUCACAAUUCACGCUCGA